CUGACGUGGGAUUCCGUCCUUCCCCGAGGGAUCCUGUCCCAGGCUUUGGGGCACACGUGCUCUCCAGGCACAGACUGCCUCGUGCCACCACAGAGACACAGCCUGUUUGUGGCUGGGCUGGGGAUGAAGGGCAAGCCCUGGUGGGAUGGUGGUACCCCUGUCACCCCUCUGUGCCACGGCUGUGUGCAUGAGGACUGGGAGCUGCAGGAGCCCUGUCAUUCCUCUGCUUCAUGCUGCUGGGCUUAGGGAGAAAUAGUCAUUUUCUGCUAAAUCUGGCUUGUUGUCCCGAUGGGAACGACAGCCAAGGAGGAGAUGGCUCGUUUCUGGGAGAAGAACACCAAGUCCAAUCGUCCCUUGUCCCCUCAUGUCACCAUUUACAAGUGGUCCCUGCCCAUGGCGAUGUCCAUCACCCACCGGGGCACCGGCGUGGCGCUCAGCUUAGGAGUCUCCCUCUUCAGCCUGGCUGCCCUCCUGCUCCCAGAACAGUUUCCCCACUACCUGGCAAUGGUGAAGUCGCUCAGCCUGGGGCCAGCUCUCAUCUACUCUGCUAAGUUUGCUCUGGCUUUUCCCUUCACCUACCACACCUGGAACGGCAUCCGGCACCUUGCGUGGGACAUGGGAAAGGGGUUCAAGAUCCCCCAGGUCAACCAGUCUGGGGUUCUGGUCCUGACCUUGACCCUGCUCUCCUCAGCGGGCCUGGCUGCCAUGUGAAGGUGCCUCCUGGCUGAUGGCCUCCCUGUGUUUGGAAGAUUUGCUCCGUCCUGGCCCACCUCAAGUCGUGUGUGGAGAGGGAGGCAGGAGGACAGGCUCCUGAGUAACUACCAAUCUUUGGGGAAGAUCCCCUCCUUGCAAACCUUGUGGAUGAUCAGAGUUGCUUUUCAUUAGCCUGGGGGAUGGGGUAACUCCCUCAGCACUGGGGCACGGGCCAGGCUGUCUGCUGCCACAGGAAGCCGGGCACAACCAGUCCCUCACAGCGAUGCCCAACUUCUCCCAGGCGAACUCCAGGGCGUUUCUUUUCUCUGCUCUGUCCCCAGGCUUGAGACAAUGCUGGAUCUGUGUCCCUGCAGGUCUGAGUGGGCUCAGGGAUGGCUGGUUGUGCGUGUGUAGGCCUGGUGCAGGACAAGCCUCUCCAUUGAGGCAGCCUGUGCCAGGGCAGGGAGAGGGGCAGAGCUGCCAACGCCGGCACCCAUGAGGGGAACGGCUGAUCCCUGUCAGGUGCCACCCCAGCCACGGGACCCUGAGCUUCCCAAGCCUGGCAGCUUGGAUGAGGUGCUCAGACCUGCUGAGGUUCAGUCCCCUCAACUUUCCCUUGAAAAUGUCACAAUCCACCCAGCUUUGGUGUGCUGGAGUCCCUGCUAGUGAAAAACAUCCAGUUUUUCCCCUGUCAGGUUACCCUGUCUCUGACACCGUGGGAGGGAUGUGGUUUUCCUGUCGCCUGUUGCCACCAGCUCUGAUGUCAGCGCUUGUCACUCACCCACCUUUGUAAUAAAGCAGCUUUGAUCCUUCA